CACCACGUGACGACCCGGAGACGCGCGUCCCAUUGGUUGAAAGUAGCGUGGAGGGCUGCGUGCGGACUGGGAUUUGUAAAGCGUCCGCCCACUCCGCCCACAGCCGGCACACCUGGACACGUGUUACAGACAGGAACGUGACGUUGAGGAGCCUCGUGCUGUGCCACAGCGUCGCCUGGAACGCCACCACACGGAGCCGGAGAUCUCACCAAAACCCAGCCGAUCGCACCACGCGGAGCCGGAGAUGUCACCGGCACCCGGCUAAGGAGACCACGUGAAGACGGAGAUCUCACCAGAACUCAGCUGACGCAUCACGCGGAGCCGGAGAUCUCACCAGAACCCAGCCCACGGCUUAGCGACCAACGCGGCACACCUUCCGUUGAGCCGCAGUUGGCUCCGUACGGCGCGAAAGACAGAGGUUCAACUCUACGCGCGUUAACAUCGCAGCUCGCCACAAGCCAAGGAAGCUGCCACAGCUGUCCACGGCUGUCCACGGCUGUCCACGGCUGUCAACAGGCCUUGCCGCCCCCACGCUCGCGCCCCCAAAGAAACUUUCAAGACGUCUCCUGCCCCCCGUUAAACCUCGACCGCGGCUGGCGAGUGCGAGCGAGUUGCCGUGCGGGCGAGCGGGCGAGUCGAUUUGUGAACAUUUUGUGAGCGGGUGAAUGGGUCGGGCGAGCGAGCGACUGAGGAAGUUAGCGAGUGCGUGAGCAGGUGAGUGAGCGACCAAGUGGGAGUUCACGAGCGAGCAAAUCGAGAGAGUGCGUGAGAGAGCAUGCGAAUGAAUGAGUUGUCGACUGAGCGAACGAGCGAGUGUGUAUGAGAGUGAGCAAGUGAGCGAGUGAGCAAUCGAGCGAGUGUGUGAGUGUGCGAGCGAACAAACGACUGAGCGAGCGAGCGAGGAGCUCCAUCACCACCGGUGAGGUCUUGCGUCCCGGCGGGAACCGUGGUUGUUCGCGAUGCCGCGCCGUGCCGCGUGGGCCGGGCUGCAGCUGCUGCUGCUGGUGGCGGCCGUGCCGCUGCAGACGCUCAUCGUGCAGUGGAGCGGCAACAACGCCUUCCAGAGGCUGCACGCCAUGCGCUGGCUCACGGAGGAGUUGGGGGGGCUGCAGCAGCGACUGCUGAGACCGGUGCCGUGGCUGUCGUGGGCACGCGGCUUGGUGCGGCACGCGCGCACGGCGCUGGGUGAGGAGGAAGAGGAGGAUGCGAUGGGGGAGUGCGCUGCCUUGGAAGUUCUUCGGCUGGAGGAGAUAGACGGACACUUUGCCACCUCGGUGUCGGUGCGCUCCCCGCGCCCCCCCCGCGUCUCGUUCCGCGUGGGCCAGGUGGUCCGGCACCGGCACGCCGGCUUCACCGGCGUCAUCAUUGGCUGGGACGCGCGCACACACGCACCCCACGACUGGAUGCAGCGCUCACACCGCGGGAAGGCGAGUCUCCGCGAGGCCCCCCACUACCGCGUGCUCGUGUCGGGGAGGAACGCCGUCACCUACGUGCCGCAGGACGACAUCGCCGUCCUCAACGGGGUGCAGGUCACCCACGAGGAGCUGGCCGUCUACUUCCGGGCGUUCGACGGCGCGCAGUACGUCGCGAGGCCCUGGCUGCGCGAGCUCUACCCCCACGACUGAUGGCGGCGGUGACGACGACCGAGACGACGGCGGUGACACCAAACACCGUUGCCGUGGCGCGGUGAACCUGCAGCGGACCGGAGUUGCGUGCAGACACAUGGGAUUUGUCCGUCGUGCUGGAUAGAUGUUAACUACCUCGCCCGGUAUGCAGGUGGUCGUGGGUUCCAUCCCGACCCCGACUCCUGCUGUAUAUUUUGAGUUUGCGUCUCUCUCUCUCUCACCGUGGUGGCCUGGAUUUGUUUUCUCCGGGUGCUGUGCUCCGGUUAUUCUCUCCGCAUUUAGAAUCGACCGACGUCACGCGUUGUAGAGCUUUGGGCUGUCAGUUCCCAACGUGACGACGACGAUGACGAAGCCGCCAACUUCUUUGAGCCAUCAUUUGUGGUGGCCAGGUCGCUUUGCGAACAAGAGCCUUACAGUGGCGUGCGCUCUCCACACGCGAGGUGGGGGGGGUCACGACGCUGGCGGAUGCAGAAAUAAUACCGGUGCGGAAAAAUGGGGUUCACGUUCCUGGUACGAGUGAACAUUGGGGUGGGAAUAAUGGGAAAUGUUUAAUAGCAAUGGAUUCCAAUAAAUAAUACAUUGUAAAGAA